CUAAAGAUGGCAGUAUCAAUACCCUCCAUUGUGGACACAGUCCUGCCCCACCACAUGGGAAAAUCCCUUUGGCACGAGUGGAAAUUCCACGUAUAAAGGGUUUGUGGCAGGACUUUAGCUUGGGGUGCGUCUGUAUUGCAGAGUUUUGCUCUGUGCACAGAUACCCCAACUGGGACUGAUUGUGAAGCUGUGAGACCCCCUGAGGGUCUGCUGGGGUGCAAGGGGCACAGGCUGAGCACAUUGCUGGAAGGAUUAUCCCCACCACAUCCCCAAGCCAGGGGUAUUUCUGCACACGCAGCCUUUUGCCAGGCAGAGAUGCACUGUACAAUACUCAGAAAGAACCUCAUUAGUAGUUACAGAAGAGUAAAUACAGCAACAUGCUUCAGCAUUGCUUCUCUCAAGGGCAUACUAUACUCAUGGUUCAUUCUCAGUACUGUUUUGCCCUCUAAAAUUAAAUCAACAAAUCUACUCUUGGCCUCUGUUUCCUCUUAUUCAUCUCAAGUUACAUGCAAAUUUCUUGGGAAAAUGAUGAAGAAAAACAGGUGAGUCAUUUCAGGAGAAAAAUGGCUAGAGACACCGAGAGUUAUCCCUGAAGUCACAGGAGAAACAGUGGAAUCCUGGAUUUAAUAGCCAGCUAUUACUGCAUUUCCAAAGGCAGCUGAACUGGUGAGCACCCAGUUCUCACCAACAACCGUGGGCUGGGCGAUCCACCUCUGCAAAUCUGGCCCUUGGACCCUUCAACAACACACCACUAGGCUAUCGGAUUGUGUUUAUCAUGUAGGGGAAAUGUGGGCACUUCUGAACCCCAAGGAGCAAAUCUUUUCCAUCCCUGGCUGCUCGGGAUUCCAGGAGCCCACACUGCUCUGUCCUGACUUACACAGACAUCGCAGGUCAUUCCUAAUUAACAGGAGCAAACUUGGAUUUAUUAGUUUUUUUAGUAAAAAGUAGGCUACACUUUGGCUGCUCUUGGGGAAAAAAAACCGUGAACAAUAAUACACUUUCCCAGAGAGCCAGGACUCACUGCUGAUUUUUCAUAUGAAAUAUAGCAAGAUUUGCUUUUAGUGCUACUAUCCUGAACAAUUGCAAGGGAAAAUGCAAAUACAUAUGCAAAUAACAUGCCAGCUGAUGUUGCCAUACGCAGCAUCCAGCCUGUUGUCAUUCUGCUUACACAAGAACAGUUACUGGCUGUGGGGAGCAAGCACAGGGCGGGCUGGCUUCUGGGUAGUAAAGAUAACAGAUGCAUUGCAAGAGAAUUUUGUAUGAUUAAGUUUCAGCAUUUGAUGUUUGUUUCUAACCCGUCGUUUCAACGGUCUGUGAUAUUUGAGUCAGAUCCAAAAGGUAACCUGUCUCACCCAGCACUGCUGCGCUGCCUCUGGUUGACCGUUGUUUGUCAGCCAGAAUUACAAAAUACUCAAGCUAUGGCCAACAAGAAUGAAACCCAGCACACAUCAUGGCUGUGGGGAUUUUUCCAGUGCAUCUCUCCUAUUAUUAGAUGUUGUUUCUGUCAUUAUUAUUUGCGUAGCAAUUUCACUCCCUGGUCUUAAACUGGGUGAAGGGACUUUUCAGCUGAACUCCCCAUCUCCCAGGUAGAAGGGUUUUAAUUCUCAUCACUGCUACAAACAGAGCUGAUGUGCUGGGGAAACAAAUGAUAAAUUACCCCCCAAACCACAGGGCUUUACCUGCUAUUUUUCUGUGUUUCUGCCCGGACAGUGAAUGGAAAAUGCCACGUUCCUUUUUGGUGAAGAGCAAAAAGGCUCACUCCUAUCAUCAACACCGCUUUCGGGAAGAUGACCUGCCUAUCCUCACAUGGGACCCAGUCCCCUCUCCCUUCACUGAGAUGGCCAUCCCAGGUCUGCAAAUCAAAGACUGCACUAACUCGACAAGCACCCCUUCCUUCUACAAAACCGGCUUUUCUUGGGAGGCUUUCCAUUUGCCAUACAGCUACAGGCAGAUGUCUUCCAGCAUGCAGUCAGCCCUGCUGGAGCACCCAGUGAGCCUGUACGGAAGCCACCUCCUGCCAAGCACUGAGCCUCCUCUGGAUUACAGCAUGCAUUUCUCCUCAGACAUGGAGACCUACCACUGCGUGAAGUGCAACAAGGUAUUCUCCACUCCCCAUGGACUGGAGGUCCAUGUCCGCAGGUCUCAUAGUGGGACCCGGCCCUUUGCUUGUGAAGUAUGUGGCAAAACCUUCGGACACGCUGUGAGCCUGGAGCAGCACACCAAUAUUCACUCCCAGGAAAGAAGUUUUGAGUGCAAGAUGUGUGGGAAGACAUUCAAACGUUCCUCCACCCUUUCCACUCAUCUACUGAUCCAUUCAGACACACGGCCCUAUCCCUGCCAAUACUGUGGGAAGCGCUUCCACCAGAAGUCAGAUAUGAAGAAACACACUUACAUCCACACUGGGGAGAAGCCCCACAAAUGCCAGGUAUGCGGCAAAGCCUUCAGCCAGAGCUCCAACCUCAUCACCCACAGUCGCAAGCACACCGGCUUCAAGCCCUUCAGCUGUGAGCUCUGUGCCAAGGGCUUCCAGCGCAAGGUGGAUCUUCGGAGGCACCGGGAGACCCAACACAGUCUCAAGUGAGGGACAGCCCCCGGUCUCUGCUGGAGCUCCCGCUGCCAGUGCAUGCACCAGGGAAGAUGACUCCAACUCCUCCAUCCAGCGUUGGGCUGCCCACCUCAUAAAGCUUCCUAUGUUCCUCUGGGCACUCCAGGGCCUUGCACAUCCCUGUAGGUGACACAGAAACAUGUGGGAGCUCUCACUUUCCAACUAAAAUAGGCACCAGCCAGAUAUAACAUCACCUGCUCAAGUGCAAAUCCAGAGGAAUUCCUCCAAUGUCACUAUUACUCUCGAUUUACACCCUGUGCAAAAUCCGGUUCAGACUUACCAGCAGUGAGGUAGAAACUCCUGGACUAGUGGCAGCAAAAAUCUGUGCCAAGCUAGUGCUGUAACCAUGUUCUGCUUUGAUAGUUCGGAAGAUAAGGCUAGGGCAUGCAAAUAGAUUGCCUUCAGUGAGCUGUGUGCAACCUGAACAGGGCUGCUGCAGAGACUUGCCCAGGUCAUAAAUUCUGGCAACAGCCACCUAAGUCAUUUUCUUUUAGCGGAGCAUUUACUGUGAUCAAAUGACAAGUUAACUGUGUUGUAUUUUUAGCUGGGAGUGGGAGGAAAAUACUGAGAAAACAGCUCCUAUCCCUGAUAACAGGGGUCUCUAAAUGCAUUCCUCAUACAUGCCACACUGCGAAGGUCCCUGGGUUAGCAGCAACCAGGUGAGCUCCAGGAAGAGCCAUGCCACAGAGCUGGGCAUAACCUAAUAAACCCCACGUCUCAGUGCCAUGCAAGAGAGACUGGCUGUUCUUGGAAUCCAGGCUAGUAUGUCCCACAAUAUUUUGCUGCAUGCUGGACAUACCGGCUUAGAGCUGUCCUGGGCAACCCCAUAUCACUGCAUGGUCAGGAAUGGCCCUUGCAUAUCAAUGUCAAGAGCCAGAGUUCUGCUUUCCAGCCACUCUCUUAAAGGAAGAGGUGACCUGGCCUGUACACAUUGGCAUAAUAUGCAAGUACCUUACAAGUAUUAUACAAACAGAGCAGUAGCAUUUCCUCCUUCCAGGUCUAGGGGUUGAAGCAAAGCACUAGAACAAGUAAAAAGCCAGCUCCCCUCCAAGCUCUGCUGCCUUCUUACUGUACAACCUUCAGCAAGUCACUGCACUGGACUUUUCUGUCUCCACCUCUCAUGAUGAUGUGGAGUCAUUCACUCAGGUUUGUAGAGUCCCUUGAGUUCUUAACAGGAAGGACAAAGUAUUAUUAUAGCAUUAAAAAAAGACAAGUGCUUUCAGUUAAGCAGGGCAUUGCAGCAGCACACAGCCCCCUCCAUACACACAUCCCUGAACACGUGGCCUCAGACAAUGACACCGGCAGAAAGUAGCCUGGAGAACGGGCUCUGGCACAAACCAUUUCACUCCAAAUGCUUCUGAAGGAAGGCUGUCAUCAUGGGGGGAAGUCCAAAUGGAAAAUUCAUUUACUGCCAAGAGAAAAAGAGGUCUGUUCCCACCUCCAGUUACACUGCCAUAAAUCCAAAGCCAUUCUCCUGACGGAGAACUAGAAUGCACUCACCCCUGUUUUAUGCUGUGCCUAAGCUGUUAGUUAUUAACAUGCACUCUGGAAGCUCCAAACAGAGUCUGUACUCCUGGCUUUACUUGUACACUGUAAAUAUGUAUUUAUACUUAUUCUAAUGUAUAUUUUUAUUGCACUACACCAGACAGUAACAACAUGUACAGGCCUGCUGGGUUUUAUCUGGUAAAUCUGUUCCCUCUCAGUAACUGG